AUGUGGUUGGUUGCAAAAAACAGUUCCCUGCUGUCACCUGAUCUGACACUGAUCCUUUUGCCUAUUUCUUUAAGAAAUUUAAGGGUGUUGGGGUCCAUCGGGCCGAGAACCUCGAUGCAUAUUGGCAAGAAUUCCAUCGAGGGGAGGGCAUUCCCAUAUUUUUUCAUUUUCUCGUCCGCUGCCCUGGCCGCGGCCAAACCGCAUUCUUUACUUGUCAGUUGGAUAUUUUCAAGCACACAGACACGCAGGAACCGCUGCAACAAGCACGAAAUUUGGUUAGUUGCGAAAAACAGUUCCCUGCUGUCGCCUGGUCUGACGCUGAUCAUUUUGCAUAUUUCCUUAAGAAAUUUAAGGGUGUUGGGGUCCAUCGGGCCGAGAACCUCGAUGCAUAUUGGCAAGAAUUCCAUCGAGGGGAGGGCGUUCCCAUAUUUUUUUCAUUUUCUCGUCUACUGCCCUGGCCGCGGCCAAACCACAUUCUUUACUUGUCAGGUUUACGUAUCGUUCGGCGAGGGUGCCAGGGACCGUAACAUCCCACGCCAAACAUCUGCCGGCUCUCCAAGAAAUAACCAGACAGACAGACAUGAGCAUUUUGUUUAUGGCAACGUACGUUUAUAUCGCUUGAAUAAUUUAUAA